UCCUUGGUUCCUGGCCAUUUUUGAGCUCACUCCCCUCCCUUUUCUCAUCUCUCUUCUCCACUCCCCCUCUUUUUCCAUCUCCCCUCUCACACCAUUCAGCCUGCAGGAGCUGCAGCAGCAGAAGUCUUUGGCACAAAGGAGGGGAAUAAUGCACAGAAUUAAGACCCUCUCACUGCCUCAGGGAGCUGAGAAAUGCGAGACAAUGUGUGACGGGUAAUAAGGAAUACAAAGAGGGCCAGGAAAGACCAAACAGUGAAGGGAUAGCCUUAGGAAGCCCAGAGCACAGCACAGGGGACGUUACGAAGGAAGGCGAGAGAAGAUGGAUGGAAUAUUGUUGAUGGUGGGCCAGAACCCUGUUUUCUCUGUGUUGUUGUUCUCUCUCAUGUUCAGGGUGGUCCAUCACCUCCUGAGGAAGCUGCCCCUGCCUAAAGUAGUCGAGCACGAUGAGCUUCGCUCCUGGAAGUGGAGAAACCUCAGUGUGUCUCUUGUCCAUUCACUGCUUACCGGCCCAUGGGCCAUUACCUGUGUGAGCCUUUGGCCAGAGAUGCUGAGUAACAUGCAUUCAUUCACCACACCAGUCUGCUACCUGCUUGUGAGUGUUUCAGCAGGUUACUUUUUGCAAGAUGCUGGUGACAUCAUAUUUUCAGGACAUGCCAUAGGAUCAUGGGAGUUCCUGCUUCAUCACUUCUUGGUGUUGUGGUGCUUCCUGUACAAUCUGUACACCCAGCGAUAUGUGGCCGGAGCAGUGGUUGCCCUCCUGGUUGAGGUCAACAGCAUGACCCUCCAUGCACGGCUGCUGCUGAAACUGGCAGGAGCUCAGGGGUCAGGUCUCUACAAUGCCAACAAGUUCCUCAACCUCUUCACGUAUGUCACCUUCCGCCUAGGCACCCAGUUUUACAUAACCUAUUACAUCAUCUUCAACUUCUCCUUGCUGCAACAUGGCAGCUACUUCCUGCUCACCGUGCUCAUCAUGGACACCAUGAUCCUCAUCUACUUCUACCGAUUGCUCAGGGCUGACUUUUGCCCCAGAAGGAAGGGCCAUGUCAUACAUAAUGGCGCUCACUGCAGCAGCUCCUCUCAGCUCUUUGAUGACUGAUCAGACCUUGGAGCGCGAAUAAAAAGACAGUCUGCUUCAUUACCCUCAGUUUAAGACUACGUUUUUGCCUGGUCAUUUCAGUGUCUUGUAUGUGGGUGGUAUCCUGAUAGGAAUCACAUGAAAUUAUACUUGAGGUAAAAGCAUCUCGACAUGCAUUAGUCAGACUGAAAUCUGAUUUCAGUAUUACACAUUAACUUACUAUGAAUUAAGCAGUUUUAUUUAUGCAAAAGAAGGUUACUGCAUCAAAAAUCAAGAUGUGUACAUUCUGUUUUUAAUCUCUUUCAAACAUUUGGCUUGGAGAGAUGGAUAUAUUUACACCUAUCUAACAUGUAGUUAAAACGUACAUGCUUUUGAAGUGGUUUGAUUAAUUAGAUUUAAAUUAAUUUUUAAAAUGCAUCCUCGGUGCAAUUACACGUGUAUUUCUAUGUGGAUAUUCCCUAUCCAGAUAUAAUUCUUGUAUUCAAGACGCAUGAAACAACCAAGUGUAAGAAAAGUCUUAAUUUAAUGGUUUUGUGUAGCCAGUUCAUUGGGAUUUGUGUUUACUCUGAAAAUCUAUGACUGCCUCUCUCUGCCUUCUCUCAAGAGCUCCUCAAGAAUCUCACUGCCUCCUGUGUUUGUGCAAUUGUGAUCAAUGUCUAAUGGGGAUGUGGAUAAACUGUAUGGCCUUCAUUGUCAGGCCUUGUGGAUUAACUUCAUGGCAAAACAAGCAAUAAUGUAGCAUUAAAUGGUAAACACUUUCAAAGAAUCUUGUUAUACCAUAGAUAAUGUUCACCUUUUUGAGAUGGAAGUUUGUAAUUCACAUUUACAGCCAAGACAGUCAUAAUGGUACAUGUGUCUGCUAAUCUCCAGGCAGCAAAUCUAAAUUGUCUAUGUGUCAUUUGAUUACAUUGGCUGUGCUUUAAAAAAAUUUAGAUGAAAUUUUAGAUGAUUUUUUGAUGAGAUUUAGAUGAGAUUUUUGGCAACUGAUUGACUAAACUCAUCGAACUCAAUCAAAUAGCAAAGUAAAUUCAUUCAGUAUGGUAUUGUAGGUUGUGUAAAUAGGGGUGAAUGAAAAUGUAUUUUAUGCCAGAGAGAAACUGUGGCUUUAUUGGUAUAAUUGAACAGCUAGACAGCUAAUAGCUAAAAUGAACAAUUGAAGUAGCUAGAUGUCCAUGGGCCAUUUGUGAAUCUACCAUUUUAAAUAACAUGCUCAUGGUUCUCAGCCAAAAAAGGCCUAUCCAAACAGUGUUUUCCUUAUUUUCAAGUAUUAAAAGCACAUCGGCUGUGUAAUCAGGAGGACUGCAAAGUAUUACAAGCUAAAGGAAUGAUGCAGUGGUGCUUUAUGUUGCAUAGUUCUAUUUUUUUUUCUUUUGCAUGUACAAAAGCACAAAAAGAUGAUUUUGCAAGAAUAUACCAUAAGUCAACAACUGUACAUACAGUAUACCUGACACAUUCCUUACAUUAUUUAUUGCAGUUUGUGGAAGUAUUUCAUCCAGGCUAUGGGGGUAUGUGAAUACAUGAAGUCACCAUUUGAAGAUUUGCAUUGAGAAGUUAUUCUUUUUUUGCAUACUGCAGGUCAGAACUGUGACUUAAACAUAAAGGGUUAAAGUCAAAUGUGCCUUAUGAUGAGUGAAGACUUUGAACAGGCCUUUAGACUACAGAGUGUAAACCCGACAUUAUUUAUGUGUUUGCAUAAAAUUAUUGUGAAUAAACUUGUGCUAAAUUAA